AUGUUUAUCAAGAACGAUCAUGUCGGAGACAGAACCCGUCUGGAAGACUGGAGAAUCAAAGGCUACGAUCCGCUAACUCCCCCAGAUUUGUUGCAGCACGAGCUUCCCAUUUCUGCCAAGGGUCACAAAAUUAUCGUUGAUGCCAGAGAACAGGUUUGCGAUAUUUUGAACGGCAAGGACGACCGUUUGGUCAUUGUCAUCGGGCCAUGUUCGAUUCACGAUCCAAAAGCUGCAUACGAGUACUGUGACCGUUUGGCUGAACUUUCCAAACAACACUCCAAAGAUCUACUUAUUAUCAUGAGAGCUUAUUUGGAAAAGCCAAGAACCACGGUCGGCUGGAAAGGUUUGAUCAACGAUCCAGACAUCGACAACUCAUUCCAAAUCAACAAAGGUUUGAGAAUCUCCAGAGAAAUGUUCACUAACCUUGUCGAGAAGAUGCCCAUCGCUGGUGAAAUGUUGGACACCAUCUCCCCACAAUUUUUGAGUGACUGUUUCUCGCUGGGUGCUAUUGGCGCCAGAACCACCGAGUCCCAACUUCACCGUGAACUUGCAUCCGGUCUUUCGUUCCCUAUUGGGUUCAAGAAUGGAACUGACGGUGGCCUUCAGGUCUCUGUUGAUGCUAUGAGAGCAGCUUCCCACACACAUUACUUCUUGAGUGUCACUAAGCCUGGUGUCACCGCUAUUGUUGGCACUGAAGGUAACAGUGACACUUUCAUCAUCUUGAGAGGUGGUAAGAAAGGAACGAACUUCGACCCUGAAAGUGUGAAGCAAACGCAAGCUGAACUAGUCAAAGCCAAGGUUGCUGACGAAGAAGGUAUUCAAAGAAGAAUCAUGAUUGACUGUUCUCACGGGAACAGCAGCAAGGACUACAAAAAUCAACCAAAGGUGGCCCAAUCCAUUUACGAGCAACUUGUUGAUGGACAAAAUGCCAUCUGCGGUGUCAUGAUCGAAUCUAACCUUGUGGAAGGUAGACAAGACAUUCCAGCUGAGGGCGGUCGCGAAAAAUUGAAGUACGGUUGUUCGAUUACAGAUGCCUGUAUUGGUUGGGACAGUACCGAAGAGGUUCUUGCUUUGUUGGCUAAAGGUGUUCAAAAGAGAAGAGAAUUCUCGAAGAAAUAA